AUGGACACCGUACGAUUGUACCGCGCGGUGUUGAAAUCCGCGACAAAGUUUCCGAGCAAGAACAAGAUGGCCAUCGUGGAGGAAAUCAAGGUUGAGUUUAGGCAAAAGCGCGAACUGACGGACGCCAAGGAGAUCGAGAAGGCGGUAGCGAUGGCGCGAGACGGUUUAGAUCGCCUGAAUGCAUUCUCGAACAUGGACUCGAAGUCGAAUCAAUGGCAAGUUUCUUUAAAAGGACCGCAUACGGGGGACUGA